AUGUAUGUUUGGUCAUACCUCCAGUAUCGCAAUCCACUAACAAAGGCCCAGUCAUCCAGAGACGACCGUCGCGACCGUGACCGUGGUGGUGACAGAGAACGCGAGAGAGAAAGACCACGCAGACGCUCGCGCUCACCCGGACACCGCCCGCGCAGAGAAGAGUUCCAGGGAGAUACAUACUCGUCGAGCCGCGACUACAGAGAGCGUGAAAGAGAAGACAGAUACGCUGGAAGGGAUAGACGUGGAGGUGGUCGCGACUGGGACAGAGGAGACCGUGGCGCCGAGCGACGAGGAGACCGCCGUGACGACCCCCGCGGAGGUCCCAGAGAGCGCGGCGACCGUGGAGGCGACCUGUUCGACGACCGUAGAGGUGGUGGUAGAGGAGGUCGCGACCGCGAUGCUGGACGUGCCCCUCAACAAUCCAUCGACCAAAAGCGCAGUCCCAGCCCUCCGAGAAAGCCCAAGGAGCCCACCCCCGAUUUGACCGACAUCAUCCCCAUCCUCGAGCGCAAGCGCCGCCUCACUCAAUGGGACAUCAAGCCUCCUGGUUACGAGAAUGUCACAGCUGAGCAGGCCAAGCUCUCGGGCAUGUUCCCUCUUCCCGGUGCUCCUCGCCAGCAACCCAUGGACCCCACGAGACUCCAAGCUUUCAUGAACCAGCCCGCUAAUGCUGGCGCAAACACUGCUCUCAAGCCCUCCAACGCUCGUCAGUCAAAACGUCUCUUUGUUCACGGUAUCCCCUCCACCUCGACAGAAGAUAACAUUAUCGAUUUCUUCAACCUUCAACUCAAUGGCCUCAACAUUGUCAAGGGUAUGGAUCCCUGUUUGUCUGCCCAGAUCUCGCCCGAGCAAGACUUUGCUCUGUGUGAGUUCAAGACUCCCGAGGACGCCACAACCGCUUUGGCCCUGGAUGGCAUUUCCAUGAACGACGACUCUGCCAAUGGUUCGGCCAACGGAAGACCGGCUGGUCUGCAGAUUCGCCGUCCCAAGGACUACAUUGUUCCUGCUGUGACCGACGAGAGCGAGCAGAUGGAAGGCGUAGUCUCUGAGAAUGUCCCUGAUACCCAGAACAAGCUGAGAAUGACCAACAUCCCCACAUUCAUCGAAGACGCACAAGUCAGGGAGCUUCUCACGACUUUUGGUGAGCUCAAGUCUUUCGUCCUUGCCAAAGACACAUCUUCUGGCGCAAGCCGCGGAUUUGCCUUCUUCGAGUACAUGGAUCCCACAAAGACCGAUGAGGCUGUCACAGGCUUGAACGGCAUCGAGUUGGGUGACGGUGCGCUAAGAGCUGCAAGAGCCGCUGUCGGUGUGCAGCAGGUUGGUGGUGACAUGAGCGUGAAUGCCAUGAGCAUGCUUGCUGGUACCACAAGCGCAGACGUUGAGCAAGGUCGUGUGCUCUGUCUGUUGAACAUGGUCACAGCAGAGGAGCUUCUGGAUAACGAUGAAUACGAAGAAAUCGUCGAGGACGUCAAGGAAGAGUGCAGCAAGUACGGAUCAGUACUGGAGAUGAAGGUUCCUCGUCCUUCUGGCGGCAGCAGACAGUCCAACGGUGUUGGCAAAAUCUAUGUCAAGUACGACAACAAUGAGUCUGCCUCAAAGGCUCUACGUGCUCUGGCUGGUAGAAAGUUCGCCGACCGCACAGUGGUCGUCACCUUCUUUGGCGAGGAGUACUUUGAUGUUAACGCAUGGUAA